AUGACCGCAACCCAGACGCGCGGCCAUGCCGGCCAUGGCCAUGGACACGGCCACGGCCAUCACCAUCACACUGAUCCCUCGCUGCUGCUCAGCUCCGAUAAGCACGAUGCCGCCGUGCGCAUCACCCGCCUGGGCUUGUACCUCAACCUUGUCCUGGCCGUGGGCAAGGGCAUCGCCGGAUACUAUUUCAACAGCAAGAUGCUCAUCGGCGACGCAUUCCACUCGCUCUCGGACAUGGCAUCGGACAUCCUAACGCUCUUCACGGUCAAAUGGUCGCUCAAACCGCCAUCAACACGGUACCCCACAGGGUUCGGAAAGAUCGAGUCGCUGGGCUCGCUGGGCGUGUCAUCGCUGCUGCUGCUGGGUGGGCUGGGCAUCGGCUGGAGCGCCGUGCUGACGCUGAGCCAGCAGUUUGCGCCGGAGCUGGCAGAAGCGCUCGCGCACUUCGACUUCCUGGGCCUGGGCCACGGCCACAGCCACGGCGGGCACGACCACGGCGGCCACAGCCACUCGGCGGCGGACAUGGCGGCGCAGGCCCCGAGCCUCAACGCCGCGUGGAUGCUGGUUGCUAGCGCGGGCGUCAAGGAGUGGCUUGUCUAUGCCACGCGCAAAGUAGCCCGCGAGCGCAAGUCCUCCGUCCUCCUCAGCAACGCCAUGCACCACCGCGUCGACAGUUUCACCGCCCUCCUCACAGCCGCCAUAAUCACAGCCUCGAACUUCGCAACCAACGCCGCAUGGCUCGACCCCGUCGGCUCGCUCAUCAUCACGGGUAUGGUCGUCAAAGCCGGCUACCAGAACCUGUUCCAGUCGCUACGCGAGCUCGUCGACGUAAGCAUCGACGACGAGACGCGGAGCUCCGUCGAACGCGCCGCGCAAAAAGCGCUCGAAGCCGCGACGCUGUCGCCCGGCGCCGACGGCGGCCCCAAGCUGCGCAGCGUGCAGGGCGUCAAGAGCGGCCCCAACUACCUGGUUGAAGUCGAGGUGGGCGUCGGCGGGGAUUGGACGGUAGCGCAGACGGCGGGCGUCGAGCGCCUGAUGCGCGAGCGCGUCGGCAAGCGCUGUCGUGGCGUUAAGCGCGUUAAGGUGCGCUUUGUGCCGUUUGAGGACGCGGAUGCUGCUGAGAAGGACUUUAUGGACGAGUUUAUCCCCAGCGAUGUUAGUGCGAAGAGCUCGCCUGGGGAGCACGAGCAUGAUCAUGAGCAUGAGCAUGAACACGGGCAUGAGGAGAAGAAGGGGCGGUAG